UCUCUUUCUCUAUCACAUUCAGAGACACACACAAGCUCUAAAGUGAAAUCCCAUAGAAAGAUGAACGGCGACGACGACAAGGGUUUGCUGUGGAAGCUUCCGGUGCUUCGCUCCGACGGUAUCGGCAAGGUGGGUCCCGCCUUCGGUGUCGGCGCCGGCUGCGGCCUCGGCUUCGGACUUGGCCUUCUCGGAGGAGUGGGUUUUGGCCCUGGAAUUCCUGGCUUGCAAGUUGGAUUUGGAUUUGGUGCUGGGUGUGGUAUUGGUUUAGGGUUUGGUUAUGGUAUGGGGAAGGGAAUUGCACAAGAUGAGUACAAGAGAUACUCUAAUGUUGGAAAUCCCUUUCGUAAUUCUGGAAACCUCAUUUCUGAGGAUGAUAUUACUGCACUUGUGGACGACAUUGUCAUUAAUACUAAAAAGCUUAUCAGAGCAACAUCAAAAGAAAUUGACAAGUGGAGACGAUAACGGGAGGGUCCGUUAAUUCUUUUAUAUAUAAUUGUAUAAAUUUAACCCUCUGCCAGUAUUUUCUUUUGAAUUACUAUAUCAUGGCAAUCUCAUUAUGUUUAGAC